AAUGAGUAUUCCGUAGUUCGUAAACUUUAAAGAUUUGUCGAAGUUGAGAGAAAAUAAAAUUCUGCAAAAACCAAUAAAAUAAGAAGAAAAGAAGAAAAACAAAUGAAUUUUCUCUCUCCUCAAACUCCAACUCGCAUCUGUUCUUCAUCUCCUUCCUCCUCACUACUCUCCAUCAAAACCACCAUUUUCUAGCUGCAUCAACACCUCUACUCGGCGUUGCAGAUUUUCAAUUUGGCAGACUUCCGACCACCUCCCCUUAUCCGCCGCUGCUACUCUCGGUGUUGACGACAGAGGAGGUUGUGUCAGUCUGCUCAGCAUGAACCUGCAGCAAGCUGUACAGCCAAGAACUUCUGCCAAUGGUUUUAAUCGCCGCAGAGUUGAAAAAGAGAACAGCAGCAGGAUGGAGAUAAAAUCACAGCCUGGCAAAUCCAACCCCGAUAGAGUGACAAGUGCAGGUAUUACAAGUGGCAGCAAAGGUGGAGGAUCUGAGAGUCCUUCGCGGGACCGGCUUGUAUAUUUGACAACCUGUCUAAUUGGACAUCAUGUAGAAGUCCAGGUCAAAGAUGGAUCCGUGUACUCUGGAAUUUUCCAUGCGACGAACGCUGAUAAAGAUUUUGGAGUUGUCUUGAAAAUGGCGCGCUUGACAAAGGAUGUCUCUCUUAGGGCGCAAAAGCUUACUUCCGAUUCAGUUAUCAAGGCUCCGUCAAAAACUCUUAUAAUACCAGCUCAUGAACUUGUGCAAAUUGUGGCUAAGGAGGUGCCUGUUACAAGGGAUGGAUUGUCAAAUGAGCUACAAGGUGAAAGUAGGCAGGAUAUAAUGUUGGACUCUUACAUAUCUCAUUCUCGUCAUGUUGAGGGGGGAAGAGAGCUUGAGCCCUGGCUGCCUGAUAAGGAUGAUCCCGUGUGCCCUGAAUUGGAGAAUGUUUUUGAUUCUUCUUGGACUGGGAGCUGGGAUCAGUUCAAGGUCAAUGAGACACUGUUUGGUGUAAAAAGCACAUUCAAUGAGGAACUUUACACUACAAAACUUGAGAGGGGCCCUCGAACAAGGGAAUUAGAGGAGGAAGCUAAGAGAAUAGCUAGGGAAAUUGAGGGUGAGGAAACUAAUGACCUUCAUUUAGCAGAGGAGCGUGGUGUAAAUCCUUAUGGCAGUUUUGAUAUUGAUGAAGAAACAAAGUAUUCCGCAGUUUAUAGGGGUGCUGAUGAUAGUGGGUGUGCAGACGAGGAUGUAUUGUUAAAUUCACGGGAUGCAGAGACUUUUGGAGAUUCCACUGGUCCUGCUUUUGGCAGAUCCUUUGCAGAUGUUGCUAGCGGAAAAAGUGGCAAAGGCUUUGAAGGAACUAGAGUGUCAUCCCGAUCAUCAAUGAAGGACGAAAUACACCCGGCCCAGUUUAAUGCGAGCCAGGGUUUCUAUGGUUCUGGCUCUUUGGCGUCCGAUCAUAGUGCGAAUCUUAUUGAUAGAUUUGAAGAUGACAACAGGGUGCAAGAAAAUUAUGUGGAUGACCAAGGAGAAAAGAUUCUUGUUAAGGAGACUUUAAGUGAGGAGGUUUACAUAGCAAAAACUGAUGGUGAAUCAGAUUUACGAUCAUCGUGGAAUGCUAAGCGAAGUGGCACGGAGAAGGCCAAUAUAUCCUUAAUGACGGCGACAACUUCAGAUGUGAACACAAAAGUUGUAGAGAAAACCAGUUCUGGUGAGCUUUUAGAAGAUAGGUCUGGCAAAGUGCAUGUGCUUACAGAACCCAAAAAUUCUCGUGGACGACCAGGCAGUUCUGCAUCGUCUACUUCAGAGACUGGAGCUGCUACCACGGCCCCUAGUGGUCCUGCCCUAACACCUAGUUCAUCCAUGGGUUCACUGUCUUCAGAAAAAUCAACAUUGAAUCCCAAUGCAAAGGAAUUCAAAUUUAACCCCAACGCGAAAAGUUUUGUUCCAUCACAAAGUCCUUUAAGGCCACCUUCCCCAGUUAAUGAUGCUUCUUUCUAUUUUCCAAACACGAUGCCUACAGUGCCUCAUAUGCAUGGCAUGCCAGUUGGUAUUGGGGUUGGACCAUCCUUCGUUGGGCCUCAGCAAAUGCUUUUUAAUUCUCAGGCUGCAGCAAUGCAAUCGCCACAAGCAUAUUUUCCUGCAAAUGGCCCACAGUAUGGACAACAAAUGAUUCUUGGCCAUCCUAGGCAAGUCAUGUACAUGCCAGGCUACCCUUCGGAAAUGCAAUACAAAGGACGGGAUUAUUAAACACUUUGAGGCCUACUACUGCAUAUUCAGUGGAAUUGCAUUGUGUAGAACAAAUAACAGAGGAUUCAAGAAGAAAUUUCAGCAAAUGAUCUUUUCUGAGAGACCAGGUUAUGGGUGGAAAAAAUAUCGUGUUUCUGGUAGUUUCACUGAUCAUGCAUUGUAUUUCGGUGUUCCAUUAAAUUAAAUAUAAAUCUCGUUUAGACAGCUUGUGCUCAGAUCGCCUUAAUUAUAGAUUUCUUUUAGGACCAAUUCAGUAUAAUCAAAGUGUUAUUUCCCCCCUA